AGGUUCAGGUCUUGCACGCCAUUCAGUACACGAAUGAGCUUUCGUCUUCAGCCGCCAAUCAUGCGGGCUUGGUUCGUCCCUGUCCUCACUUAGGCUUGUCUCCUGCAUACGCGUACGCGGUUCACCAUGAGCAAGACAGGCCCGCGUCCCUUGAGCAGCUACGUGUGGGAUACUUGGAACAAACCUCCGUUGGAGAGGAAGUUCCUUGCGAAGCUGGACUCAUGCCUUUUGAUCUACGCGGCGCUGUCCUACUUUAGCAAGUAUUUGGAUCAACAGAACGUGACUAAUGCCUACGUCUCUGGGAUGCAAGAGGACCUCGGCCUCCACGGAAAUCAGUUGAACUACAUCACGACUGCUUGGACGUGCGGAUAUGUGAUUGGUCAAAUCCCUGCGAACAUGUUAAUCACGAGAGUACGACCAUCAAUAUGGAUUCCACUCACGGAGGUAGUUUGGAGCGGUUUGACUAUGUGCCUUGCGUCGGCGAAGAGUUUUGGCGCUCUUGUUACUAUCCGUUUCUUCGUCGGCCUCGCCGAGUCUUCCUUCUAUCCAGCAAUGCAAUACGUCACUGGCAGUUGGUACAAGCCUGACGAACUAGGCAAAAGAGCGUGCAUAUUUCAUACGGCAAGCGCCUUCGGUCCCAUGAUAAGUGGCUUUUUACAAGCUGCAGCGUACGACGGCCUCAACGGAACAUACGGUCUUGCGGGGUGGAGAUGGCUCUUCAUCAUCGACGGGAUCAUUACAGUUCCUAUCGCCCUCCUAGGUUUCCUCAUCAUGCCAGAUCUGCCCUCCAACACAAGGCCAAACUACUUGUACAGUCAGGACGAGAUCGACCUGGCGAAUCGCCGUAUGGCGGAGAUUGGACGGAAGCCUCCCGGGAAAUUCACCAAGAAGAAGGUGUUCAAGUUCUUCACGACGUGGCACCUGUACCUCCUCACGCUCCUAUACGUUCUGUUCAACAAUGGUGGAAAUCCCGCGGGUUCGAUGAUCUUUUGGCUGAAGAGCUUCAACACACCCGAGAAGACUGUGUACACGGUUGCGCAGAUCAAUACGUACCCGCUACCAAUCUAUGCCGUACAGAUAUUGACAACGCUGACUUAUGCAUGGUGGUCGGAUGCCGUGCAGGCGCGUUGGCCCCCUAUGAUCCUCGCAGCAACCUGGAAUAUGGUGGUUUGCAUCGUCUUGGCUGCUACGCCUGUGUACACACACAUAACUCGGCGCUGGGUAUUCUACUAUAUGACAUCGGUCACCGGAGGACUGUCCGGAUUGAUCCUGUCAUGGGCAAACGAGCUCACAGGAGAAGACAGCGAGAAACGUGCGUUUGUCGUCGCAUGUUGCAAUACGUUUGCAUACGUCGUGCAAACGUGGUUUCCCACGGUCCUCUUUCCUCAAGUGGAGCAACCCCGUGUAUUCAAAGGGAACGUGGCGACGGCCUGUAUGAUGGUCGCCCUGAUUUGCACAGCACUCACCGUGCUUGCCUUGUCGCGUCGCGAUGCGCGGAGGAAAGCUCGCGAGGUUCAGCUUGAACAACCCACGAGUGAUCGUGCGUCCUCCGAUGAUCUCAAAGUCGGCAAAGAUGACGCCAUUGCAUCGAGUGUAGUAGUUGAGGAACUCAGAGGCUGAGAAUCAUCGUUGGUAGCACCGUAACGUCUCGUACACGUGGGGCAUCGCACCGAGCCAAAGGGUUUCAAGAAGAAUGAAUAAAUACUUUCGGCAUUGAUUUUGAAGCGGUGACAGACCCCACACCCGUACCGUACAGGAAUGCGC